AUGGGAAAGGAAGGAUCGGUAAGUGGCGACCCAUUUGCCCUCAACCGGAUCGUUUGUGUUGGCAUACUCUCCCAGUCAGUUCACGAUGCACAACCGGUGUGCAGUGAUUGGGAUCUGAGGAAUGAGGUGUCGUUCGCUUUGAUACGACAAUCCGAUCCGAUCGGUUCUGAUGCUCCCGAAGAUGUAUGGUUAUAUAACAGCGGUACACGGCCGUUAUUUAUAAGCAUGACAGCUUCAUCAUCGAAACCGGAUACGUUACGACGAUUAUCACCGGGUUACUGUAUCCGCGUACAUAAAGGGGAAGCAACAGCCAGCGCUCCGGCCAGUGAACGAGCCAUUCAACUUCAUCGGAGGAUGAGUCGGGAUCCGGCGUUAUCACAUAGCAAUCUGGUGAUAUCAGUGGGUCGAGGAUGGGGACCGAACUACAGUCGCCUGUACGUGACGGAUAUUCCAUGCCGAUACGAGGUGUCAUUUGCAUGA